AUGUCGAUAAAGCACAAUUCUACAACGUUUGUGGAUUUGGGUUCAUAUAAACUCGAGGUAACGGUUCGCGGCCCGCCCCGACGCGCCCACAACCCGAUUGUGAUCAUCAUUCCCGACAUCGGCAGCAGCAUCAAAGAAUGGACAGCCGUCACCAAAUUGCUAGCAGAUUCCAUGGCUGUGGUCAGCUACGAGCGCGCUGGAUACGGGCAGAGUGAGAAUGUCUCCUCAGAGGAGUCCAGAGCACCUGCGGCUUUGGCUAUGGAAUUACACAUGCUCUUACGAGCUGCAAAGAUUGCACCACAUGCUCUUACGAGCUGCAAAGAUUGCACCACCUUGUAUCAUGGUCUGCCACGCCCGCGGAGCUAG